GUCGAAUGUGAUGGUUGUGUUCGAGUGUUACUAAGGCCAAGCUCUUCAAGUUCAAAAUUUUCGUUGUAGGAAAUUCCAAAUUUGUUUCAUCUUCCGUUUUGUGGCAGACACAGUCCCUAUUUGGGCACCAACCACCACAAGUACUACUACUACACCAUCAUCAUUAACGAAUCUGAAUGCAUCUGGCAGCUCCAUUCAUCCUGAACGUGGUUGUCCCAUAACCUCCGGAAUAUAGUCAAGUUUUCUACAGAGUUCCACUCGUGGUAAAGAAUAAACCCAUUAAAUAUCCAAGAUCAUAUUGGCCACGAUGUCCGGAUCGAGGCGAUGCCGCACCUUUUACGAGUACUGCGAUUACUUCAUGCCCGGGAUCUAUGACUAUCCGGUCACCCAUAGUGCGGAGACCACAAUCAGUGCCUAUCUUCUAGAUCCAAUCCUGGCCAGUGUCUCAUCACCUUGGUCAGUUCCCAUUUCGCAUGCCACCUAUGUGGCUGGACCAUUGGGUGUGAUUAACUAUCUGUCGGAUAUGCAAAGCCAUUUGGCUCUUCCCACCAUUCAAAACCUGGAAACUGGUCUUAUCUAUACAACCAUGAGUUCCAUUUCGCCGAUGUCUGAUAUCCAACAGACCCUUCAAAGUUGUGUCCAAAUGGAGCAGGAUGUGUCAGAGGAUGAGGGAUAUGGUUAUGAGAUUCCCGAACUUGAUUUCAGCCUGGAAAAUUCAAUUUCCGAGUCCGAUGGUGAUGGGCAGCAGCAGGAGCGCUCACCUAUGAAUUCCUCAACAGUGGAGAUCAGCGAAGAGACGGGUUCAGGAGAGUCUGCCAAAUCGGAAGAGGUACCACGGAAGCGAAAGAAACUUUCCAGCAAGCGGGUCUAUAAGGCCGCUAUGGGUUAUUUGGUUGAGGAACCCACAAGUGAACUGUCCGAGGAUGAUCCUGAGGAACUGCCACCCACUUCCGGGAAAUAGAACUUAUCUGAAGGCUUCAAAAGUUCAGUGCUGCCUUGAAGUUUCUUCUUCAUUCUUCAAUUUAUUUUGGCCCUGAGUAGUAUAGACCAAUUUCCAGGUGGCGUUUUCCAGAUAUAUUGCAAAGAAUGUGUGGAAUUGUAAUAGAUGUAAUAGAUGAUGAGGAAAAUAUAUUUAUUUUAUACCAGA